CAGGGGCAGGGGCCUGGGCUCCUGGUUAGACCCAUCUUCUCCCCUAGGUGUCACCAGUUGAGCUGGCAGCCGCCAUGGAGGGGGAGGAGGAGGAUCCCCCCCAAGAGGCUGCCACAGAGCCAGUUGAAGUGCCAGGGGCUACAGAACCGGCGUCGGCAGCAGUAGUUUCUGGAGCUGCAGGGUCAGGGCCUGCGGUGGUCCCCGGAGAGUCCCAGAGCAUGUCGGACGUGGAAGCCUUCAACCUGCUGCUGGAGGUGAAGUUGAAGAGGCGGCGAGCCCGGCCUGACCUGCCCCCCACAGUGACGGAGCUGGUGGCUGAGGACGGAAGCCGUGUGUACGUGGUGGGCACGGCCCACUUCAGCGACGACAGCAAGAGGGACGUCGUCAAGACCAUCCGGGCGGUGCAGCCUGACGUGGUGGUGGUGGAGCUGUGCCCCUACCGAGUGUCCAUGCUCAAGAUGGACGAGCGCACGCUGCUGCGGGAGGCCAAGGAGCUCAGCCUGGAGAAGCUGCAGCACGCCGUCCGCCAGAAUGGAGUCAUGUCGGGGCUCAUGCAGAUGCUGCUGCUGAAGGUGUCAGCCCACAUCACGGAGCAGCUGGGCAUGGCGCCUGGCGGGGAGUUCAGGGAGGCCUUCAAAGAGGCCAGCAAGGUGCCGUUCUGCAAGUUCCACCUGGGCGACCGCCCCAUCCCCGUCACCUUCAAGAGGGCCAUCGCUGCACUGUCCUUCUGGCAGAAGGUCAAGCUGGCCUGGGGCCUCUGCUUCCUGUCGGACCCCAUCAGCAAGGACGACGUGGAGAAGUGCAAGCAGAAGGACCUGCUGGAGCAGAUGAUGGCCGAGAUGAUCGGCGAGUUCCCUGACCUUCACCGCACCAUCGUGUCUGAGCGAGACAUCUACCUGACCUACAUGUUGCGCCAGGCCGCCCGCCGCUUUGAGCUGCCUGGCUCCUCCGACGCCGAGCCCAGGAAGUGCGUCCCCUCGGUGGUGGUGGGCGUCGUGGGCAUGGGCCAUGUGCCCGGCAUCGAGAAGAACUGGAGCACCGAGCUGAACAUUCAGGAGAUCAUGACUGUGCCCCCACCCUCCAUCUCCGGCCGUGUGUCCAGGGUGGCUGUCAAGGCCGCCUUCUUCGGCAUCAUGGGCUACAGCCUCUACUGGCUGGGCCGGCGCGCCGUCGGCCUGGUCCUGGCACUUCCCGUGGCGCAGGACUGCCUUCAGAGAGCGUCCACCGUCCUGCCCAAGAAGUAGGCCGAGGGCUGUGGGAGCCCCCAGCACGGCUCGGAGCGCAGGCGGACCCUGUGGAACUUCCCCCCUCAGCCACCACCAGCUCCCACCUGGCAUCCACACAGCAGGCUCAGCACCUCCCAUGGGCUGACUGUCCUGUUGCUGAAGCCUCGCUACCCCGCUGUCCAAUAGUGGUUGGUGUUUCUGAGCGCAGGCUCCUGUAGCCCACAGCCUCCCCUAUACCAGGGGGCGGGCAGGGCCCGGUGGGGGGCUGCAGUUGGCGCCCUGCCUCACUGUGCCUUCUGUGGUCUUCGGCCUCUGUGGCCCCCAGCUCUCCCCUCUCCCAGGAGCACCUGGCUGAGGGUCUGAUGGUGGACUCAGGCCAGGCAGGUUUGGGAAAGGCUCUGGGGGCCAGGGGGCUUAGAGGGGCCACCUUUCCCAUGGCCAGGCAGCCCCUAGGCCCUGACAGGGUCUCUGGCUUGCAGAGUCCCCAGGGUCUGGUCUUUUUAAAAUGUCUGAAAUUUCUUUGCUCAGGUAAUUUUAACUUAAACCGUACAGCAGACGUCAGAAACACGAGCCUUAAAUCUGGUUGGGGUGAUGCAUUCUUUCUGGGUCCUGCUGGCGGAGCUGUCCCUGCCUCCUCGUCCUCUCGCCGGCAGGUCUGGCAGAGAGGGGCCAGGGGACCCUGGGGCAGGGUUGGGGGUGACUUGCCUGGGCGGCGCCAGCCUCAUCCCAUCCUGUUGAUGAGCGGACUCGGUGUUGAACCAAAUCGAGCCCAGGGCCGGUGAGCUGGCCACAGCCCCUACCCUGCCCUCCAGUUGGGCGUGCACUUUCCUUACAAGGUUGAAAUAAAGUCUAAUUUUGGAA